UGACAAAGUAAUGGGAUUGGUUGGUCCUGCCCUGUUAUAGAUUCUAAAGCAACAGGUCAAUAAAUGAAAUGGUUCAACAGAAUAACGUGUCUCUUUUCUUUCUGCUACAGAUGAUAGCUUAGAGUUGCUGGAUGUGUGGGAAAAAAGAAAAAGCAGACAUCUGGAUUCCCUACAUAAAAGAAGAUCAGACGUUUAUCAGAUGGAAUUGCUUCCGUGUGUAAGAGAGGCAACCAUUGUACUGCAUCACAUAUUAUCAUCUUUUCUAUCAGUAAUUAACGUCAAUGACAUUGCACGUAAAAGACCCUCGUUGGUGUGAAUCUAAACCUCAGUAUUUAUUUUCAAAGAGAAAGUAGCCUCUAUCUAUCUCUGGAAUCAACCAUCCAAUACUCCGUCACUUAUGAUGUCGUAUGACCCCCUUAUACUAUAGGUAAUUUGUGUUACGUUCGAUAUUGGUAACAGAGGCUUUUUUCUUUAUAAAUAAAUGGCAGGGCUUUGAAAACUGGAUCAUAAUACAAAAACGAGCGAGCAUUUUAUAUAAUUAUAAUUUAAUCAAUCGCAAAACUUACAGGGAUGUGUGCAUAUUAACAGUGAAAUACUGUACAUUUCCGGGAAUUUAAUUCUAUGGAAUUUAUUUAUGUGACAAAAAAUGAGCAUGUGUUGGUUGGUGGGGGUUUGAUAGACUACUCCCGCAGUGUUGGGUUUGCCAGAUGUCAGUACAUCUCACCGCAGGUGUAUACACAUCUUUCCUUCUGUCAAUAUGUAUUUACAACUUUAUGUUUAUUUUUGAAUUUCCCCACCCAAUUGCACCCACAGACAGACAGACAGACAGAAAAAUAACGUGUUUAAACAACUAAUGUGUUUAAAACUGCAUUUGCAAUAUGCCACUUUAAGGUUUAUGAGUCGGUGGCCCAUUCAUGCCUUCUUUGGAAUUGAGCCUGCUUAUGUUUUUGAAGGCUAUAGUGAGUGAGCGCAGUACCUUCAACUAUAUAUAACCUUGUUAUCGUUCAUGUUAAAUCUACAACGAGAAUCUACAUAUCUUCGCUUUCCUAUAUAAGCGCACCAGUUGUCAGCAAAAUUGGUUCAUGCCCUGCUGCCACCCCCGUCAACAAAUAAGGAUAAUGCUUAACCUUUCCAUCCAGGCAGUAUACACCUGGCUAGACUCGAGCCACCAACCAUCACUGUACUUAGUGGCACCUGCUCACGACAAAAAUCACGCAAAUAAAUGAAUAACACAUGCACGUGGAAGUAUUUCAGCAAGAGGCAAGGGCAGACCCGACGUCCUACACAAACACAUUAGGAAACAUUCACAGCAAGAAAUGCAUUUUUUGAGUAUGACUACGAAACACUCCGGUGUGAAUGGUUAAAUUAAAAGAUAAUACUUAGAAAUAUGAAGUAAAGCAUGGAAGCAGUAUUAAAUUAAUGUAAUAGUAAACAUCAAGCAAAAGAAAAACUGAAGAAAGUGAGAAGCAGCAGAGUAUGUUGGUACAUGUUCCUGAAGCACAGCACAACAGUAGUGUGCAGUCAGUACAUUAGCAUGCAUUGCCAGCUCGGGUGGAUAUUUAAUGGCUCCGUUUGCUAGUGUCUCUGUCUCACUUGCGCGCUCGCCUGCUCGCUCCCUUUGCAUCUGGGAUCGGAACGCCUGUCUCCUAGUGCUUGCUCUUCAGAGUGCCUCUCUGGGUCUGAGACUUAACGGAGAAGUCGCCCUUGACUCCUUCCUUUGACCACCUUGAGCACAAGAGACGUACUGCCACAGGGAUCUAGUCUGUAAGGCUACUACCAGUUGCUGUUGAACGAGCAGCAGCACCACAAAGUCCAUAAGCUGGAGAAUCCGAAUGCAUUGAGCCUUUACAAAAGGAGCGGGGCUAGUCCUUUAUCUCCUCCACAUAAAUGCACUGCUUCAUUUCUUUACUGUGGAGUGUGCAUUUUCAUUUUCCAUUGCUUGGAUGUAUAUUUGACAUUUGGAUCUGAGACUGAGACGAGACUAGACCUUAUUGCACAAAGGAGAUCUUCCUAAUGGGUUUUUAGUUCCAGAGAUGGUUCCUUAUCAAAAGUCAAGCUGGUUUUAAAAGCUGCAGAACUGUCCUUCUUGCCAAGGCCUGCACUCAUCAUGGCAGCAGGCGUUGCAGCAUGGCUGCCCUUUGCCAGGGCAGCUGCCAUUGGUUGGAUGCCAGUGGCAAAUUGCCCCAUGCCAUUGGCACCAACUGAUAAAGUCAAACGACAAGAUGAGCUGAUGGUCUUCAAUGUGAGUGGAAGUAAGUUUCAGACAUGGAGAACAACGCUGGAAAGAUAUCCUGAUACUUUACUUGGAAGCUCAGAAAAGGAGUUCUUCUUUAAUGAAGAGACUAAGGAAUACUUCUUUGACCGGGAUCCAGAUGUGUUUAGGUACAUUUUAAAUUUUUACAGAACUGGAAAAUUGCACUAUCCAAGAUAUGAGUGUAUUUCCGCUUAUGAUGAUGAGCUUGCGUUCUUUGGAAUCUUACCUGAAAUUAUUGGAGAUUGUUGCUAUGAAGAAUACAAGGACAGAAAGCGUGAAAAUGUUGAACGAUUAAUGGAUGAUAAUGAAUCUGAGAAAAAUCAAGAAGGUUCCAUGCCAUCUCUAAGUCACCGAGAGGCAAUGUGGAGAGCUUUUGAGAACCCCCAUACAAGUACCUUAGCCUUAGUGUUCUACUAUGUAACUGGUUUCUUUAUUGCAGUAUCAGUAAUUACCAAUGUGGUUGAAACUGUUCCUUGUGGGACAGUCCCUGGGAACAAAGAACUGCCAUGUGGAGAGCGUUAUGCUGUGGCUUUCUUUUGCUUGGACACAGCUUGCGUCAUGAUUUUUACUGUUGAGUACCUUUUAAGGCUAUUUGCGGCACCCAAUCGAUAUAGAUUUAUUCGAAGUGUAAUGAGUAUUAUCGAUGUAGUCGCCAUUUUGCCAUACUAUAUUGGUUUGGUGAUGACUAACAAUGAGGAUGUCAGUGGAGCCUUUGUGACUCUCAGGGUCUUUAGAGUCUUCAGGAUUUUCAAAUUUUCCCGACAUUCCCAGGGUUUGCGGAUCCUGGGAUAUACACUUAAGAGCUGUGCCUCGGAGCUUGGCUUUCUUCUCUUCUCUCUUACGAUGGCAAUCAUUAUAUUUGCUACUGUGAUGUUUUACGCAGAGAAAGGUUCUUCAGCCAGUAAGUUCACCAGUAUCCCAGCCUCAUUCUGGUACACUAUUGUUACUAUGACAACACUUGGGUAA